GGCUCUCGUUGAAGAGGGCGAAUGCGAAGUGGCGUCCGAAAUGGACGGCAAACCGCCCGAGAUGACGGCGUCCGCCAGCUUCGACGUCGACAUGAACGAGACCAACAUCUUCCUGCGCAAGGAGCUUCAAGCUAUCGGCGCCGUGGACGCCGACGACGAUGCGGCAAUACUCGUCCGCGACGACGACGAGGUGAGUGUCGAGCUCCGCAAGUGCGAGCAGGAGCUCGCGCGCCAAGUGGUGGUCACGAACCGCCUCAAGAGUGCGCUCUACCAUGCGAUUCAAGCGAGGUCGACUGCCAUCAUCACUCGAGUCGCCUCACAUACGUUGACUGUGUACAGGGCCGAGGCAAACACGUCGGCCGACGACCACGCGACGCUCAAACUGUACCACAAGCUCCAGCGCAAGCGACAGGACGCCAAGCGAAAACGCAAGCAGUCCAGCAAGAAGCAGCAGCACAAGCAGCAGAAGCGCCAGGUCUAG